AUGCAGUCUGAGUCACCGAGGGUCGGAGCUUUGGCGAGUCCACUCAACUCUUGCUUUGACUCGGACGACAAUGUGCUGAUCAGGCAUUCAGAGAUUACGCUCCAGAACUGGAAGAAGGAGGGCCGGACAGCAUGUUGGCUUGCCGGCGAAAGAUCGCUCUAUGCUGGAGGCCCCGGCGGCGAGUUCUCUUUUGACGACGGUGUUGACCACAUGACGACUACAGCCUCAAUGGUACUGCAGAGGGUCGAAAAUGACGACUAUUCCAUUGCGGGCAUCACCAAAGAAUCUGAGGACACAGAUCGCAGGUUUUCAGUGAGUGAUGCUGUUCAGCUCAUUUCUGGCGGUACAGUGAUUGGAGCAGUGGCUGAGGACAUGCUGAGGAAAUUGAAAACCAAUGGCUGCCGCUCUGGCAUUUCAAGGAGAUAUGUGGUUACCUACGAGCUCUACGGGAAGCUCGCCGAAAAGGUCAGACAGGUUUUGGAGCAGAUGGAGGACAUCUCCAAGAUUGAGGUUGAAAGAGCCAAUCUCGCCGUGAAGCUGAAGGCCGGGAAUGUGGAUGCCAACUCCAUCGCGCGGGCGCUUGGUAGGGAAGAGGAUCAGGAGCUUGUGGCGAAGCUGAAAGCUGCAGCCGAACAAAUGCAGGAGGAUGAAGAUCAGGAGAUUGAAAGCAGAGAGAAGCUGGUGGCGGAGAUUGAAGCCAUUGUCACCAGGGAUGACCUGACCAUUCUCCUGAAGGAUGUCCUGGCAGUCCUGGAGCGCUUUCGCUGGCAAGACAUGGCCAUGGAGUUGAGGAAGUGGUUGGCCAUGGGCGAGAACUCUGACACUGUGAUGAGGCGUUUGCUGGAUGACACAGUCGAACUUCAACGCGAAGCCUUCAGCGUGCUGACGCUGUCCAAAUUCUUGGUAGAUGAGACGCUGAGCUCCCACGUGUUGCUUGCAGCCAGGUGUCUUUCGGACUUCCAUGAAACAAUCGACAGGGAGAUGAGAGACAUUCUUGAGCAGUGUGGACUGGAUGAUUCCAUCACAGUCAGGAUGCUGUCCGACGUGAAGAAUCAGAUGCUGGUCGAGGGCUGGACUCGCCAAAGCUCCGCAAUGCUGGAGGAGGGCGACUCGGAGCUGAGAGUCACCACCCCCAGCGAUUGCCGGGCCAACUCGGCGACUGGGAUCAACGUGGCGGAGCUGACAGAAGCGCAGCAGAUGAUGGUCAUGGAACGGGAAGGCCAGCGGAGGAUCCACCGGCGCGUGAUGAGCGAUCUCUUUGCGGUCAUUCAGGAGCACAAACGCAAGGUCGAGAUGAAUCGGUCCUUGUACGACCACAUGCUCACCACCACACUGCGUGAUGCAGCGCAGGAGGCGGGACGGAAGAAUAUUCGACGAGGCUCGGCAUCACCGGCAAGCCAGGAGCAGAAGAGCCCUGACAGCUACCUCCAGAUUGCCAUGCAGCAACACGAGUCGGAGCCGCCGAAACCUGACAUAGACUUCAAUGAGGAUCUGUUUGGCGAAGAUGAGCCUGGGGCUGACGACGGCGAAAACGAGAUUGAGAACGAUGCCGAGAACGGCGCCGACGCUGGGGGCGGCAAAGCCAGCAAAGCCCGAGCCCGGAAAGGCCGUGCCAAGGGAGCGCCAGGGCAGCGGAGCAUAACGAGGAAGAAGACCAAGCGCGAGAAACCUGAGAAGGAGCCGAAUGCGAAGAAGGGCCCACAGCGUUUUCAGAUUGGUGCGAUCCGGCUCUUGCAGAGCGGCAAGGCUUACAUGGACGAGAUCAUUGGUGCCGUCGCAGAGAAGAAUAUGCUAGAGGACGAAUGCGCUGCGGACUCUCAAAAAGCUAGAGCUGCAGAGGAAGAAGGUCAAGGGUGCCACCGAGAAGCUGCGAGCGGACCAGAUGGUGCGCAAAUCUGA